AUGCCCUCGACGUUUGCUGACCGCCCCCUCAACAAGCUCAUCCUCUUCGACGUGGAUGGCACCCUUACCCCAGCUCGCCAGACAGUGUCUCCAGAGAUGGUCCAGCUCCUCCGUGCUCUCCGCAAAAAGGCCGUCAUUGGCGUCGUCGGCGGCUCCGAUUUUGUCAAGGUGGCUGAGCAGCUUUCCGUGCCUGGCUCCUCUGUCGUGAACGAAUUCGACUACACAUUCGCCGAGAACGGCCUGACUGCUUAUAAGCUGGGCAAGCUCUUGCCGUCCGAGUCCUUCAUACAGUUUCUUGGCGAAGAGCGCUACAAACCACUCGCUAACUUCAUCCUGCACUACAUCGCGGACUUGGACAUCCCAAUCAAGAGGGGGACCUUCAUCGAGUUCCGCAACGGCAUGAUCAAUGUGAGCCCUAUUGGACGAAAUGCUACUGUCGCGGAACGGAAUGAAUUUGAAGCGUACGACAAGCAACACGGCAUCCGUGCAGAAUUCGUCAAGGUACUCCGGGAGAAGUUCCCGGACUACGGCCUCACGUUCUCAAUCGGCGGUCAAAUAUCGUUCGACGUCUUCCCGACCGGGUGGGACAAGACGUUCUGCCUGCGCCAUGUCCAGGAUGAAACCUUUGACGAGAUCCAUUUCUUCGGGGACAAGACGUACAAGGGCGGCAACGACUAUGAACUCUAUUCAGAUCCGCGUACGAUUGGUCAUUCUGUAUCCAGCCCGGAAGACACCAUGCGCUUGCUGAACGAGCUGUUUCUGAACGAGCCAUAG